GACAUUAAGCUGUUAGCUGUUUAGCUGCUACCUGUUAGCUGUUUAGCUGCUACCUGUUAGCUGCAGCCGGUAGGGAUCAGUCAACAGCUAAUCAUCAGUCUCUACAGCCUCUCUAAUCUUCACCCGAGCUCCUGCGUCAGUGUGGUUCUCUCCGCUAGGGGGCAGUAUGUUCCUGUGCUAUGUUCACAGACUGUAGAAGCUCUAACUCUGUUUUGAAAAUCCCUAACAGGAAGUGCUUCGUGUGACUGUGAGCCGUCAGACCGGAAGUCUACGUCAGUCAGACGCGUUUAAAGCUCCGACUGUAGUUUUAGUUGAGCUGUGGAAGUUUGAACUAGAGUUUGAAUACUUUUUAAAGCAGUUUGUAUCUAAAGCUGUUGUUCAGAUGGCGGACGAGGCCACGCGCAGGGCGGCGUCGCAGGUGCCGCUCCUGAAGACGCACGCCGGGCCGCGGGACCGCGCACUGUGGCCCGCGCGCCUGAAGGAGGAAUACCAGGCGCUGAUUGGCUCCGUGGAGGCGAACAAGAAAUCAGACAGCGACUGGUACCGCCUCGAGAGCAACGCGGACGGCACGCGCUGGAGCGGCAGCUGCUGGUUCAUCCACGAGCUGCUCCGGUACGACUUCCGCCUGGAGUUCGAGAUCCCGGUCACUUACCCGGUCACCGCACCGGAAGUAGCUAUCCCGGAGCUGGACGGCAAGACCGCGAAGAUGUUCCGCGGCGGGAAGAUCUGCCUCACGGAGCACUUCGCGCCGCUUUGGGCUCGCAACGCGCCGCGCUUCGGGCUCGCGCACCUGAUGACGCUGGGCCUCGCGCCUUGGCUCGCGGUGGAAAUACCGGACCUGAUCAGCAAAGGGCUUGUGGUGCACAGGGAGCGGCAGGGUGACGCGGCAGAGUGACGAGGGAGCGGCAGCGGCAGGGUGACGUGGCAACGGCAGGAUGACGUCACAGACUAAUAAACACCUGGAACUGAACCCAGUGAAAGAACUGAUGAGACUUUAUUUUAAUUAUAAAAUAUAAUUGAACAUGUUGUGACGGUGAUGAAGAUGAACUGAGAGGUCUCUGAAAUAAAAAGUGAUGAAAAAUGAAA